CGUUCUGUUUGCUGUGAGCGGGGUUAUCUCUCUGUAUAAAAGUCUCCGAAAUGAAAAAUUCGAUGUUAUUCUAUAUUUGACUGUUAAUCUUUACUGUCUGUGCUUAUUCUUUUAAAAAUGAAAGCGGUACUCCUUCUUGCGGUUGUCGCACUCGUAUGUGCCCAAGCAUACGCCGGUCCCUUCGGAGGUCAAAUAUUUUUUGGCAACUAUAGACCUAACAAUCCAUCAAUGGUGCAUGUAGUCAACAAUAAUCCGAAUGAUCCAUCGCAGGUUCACGUUGUCGAUAAUAAUCCUAAUUAUCCUACACAGGUUCACGUAGUCGAUAAUAACCCAAAUAAUCCGUCUCAGGUUCACGUUGUCGAUAAUAAUUAUAACGAUCCGAGGCAGGUCCAUGUAGUUGACAACAAUUACAAUGAUCCAACUCAGGUUCAUGUAGUCGACAACAAUCCUUACGGGCAUUACCAAGGUAACGGUCAAUUUGUCGAAGAUCAGGCUUUCUACAGACCCACUGUGAAUGAUAAUCAGGGCCAGGGCGGAUUUGUCGUAGAUGAAGCCUUCUACAGACCCACUGUGAACGAUCAGAAUCAGGGUGGAUUUGUUGUUGAUGAAGCUUUCGGCAGGCCUUCAGUCAAUGAUAACCAGGGUGGAUACAACAGGCCCCACGCUCGCGGUGGACAGUAAACAACAGGACCAUCGCAAACGCAUUUAGAUAUCCUUCCGAAUACGCUUAAGUUAAUAAAGAUACUUUUCCCAGUGACUUAAACUUUACAACUCUGUAAUCUCUUGCACUUUUUAAUAAAAAAAUGCUUGUUAUUAAUAAAACUGUACAAUU